UCAGUUUUAUUGUUAUUGAGAGACAGUCAAUGUUCCAGUACUUAUAAAACACGCAAUAAGUAAUAGAAAAUUGUUCACUUCGAGCGCUUGUAAAAUCAGUGAACUUUCGCACUUUUUGCUUCAAGAACUCAUUUAUCAUGGGAAAUAAGUCGUCGUUACUUUUACGUCAAGAGGAAAUUGCUCAAAUCCAGGAUGAAACGGGAUUCACACCAAAUCAGAUUGAGCGAUUAUAUUCUCGCUUUACAUCAUUGGAUCGAACUGAUUGUGGAACGUUAUCGCGUGAAGAUUUUCUGAGAAUCCCAGAACUAGCCAUAAAUCCUUUGUGUGAUCGCAUCGUUCAUGCAUUUUUUGCUGACAGCACCGAUGAUCGCGUCAACUUCAGGCAGUUCAUGCAGGUUUUGGCUCAUUUCCGGCCCAUCAAAACGAAUUCUGUCAACAAACUGAACAGCCGUGAGGAAAAAUUGAAAUUUGCUUUCAAAAUGUAUGAUCUCGAUGAUGAUGAGUCCAUUUCUCGUGAUGAACUUUUGAACAUAUUGCAUAUGAUGGUUGGGGCAAAUAUCAGUCAAGACCAGCUAAUGAGCAUCGCUGAACGAACAAUAAUGGAAGCAGAUCAAUGUGGAACCGGAAAAAUCUCUUUCGAUGAUUUCUGCAAAGCAUUGGAACGAUGUGAUGUCGAACAGAAAAUGUCGAUCCGAUUUUUGAAUUGAGUCACUCUGUAUUUUGACUAAUUGACAAUGCAGCUUACCAGAAUUCCAAUUGAUGUUAAAUGUGCGUGCUGUUGUUAACGAAUGAUAUAAUAAAGGGAAAAGGAAAUGAAUAGUAA